UUCGCCAUGGCCGACUCCAGCUGGACAGAUUCUGCAAAGAGUUUGAAAGGUGUGAUCCUGGACAUGUGCGGCGUGUUGUAUGACAGCGGGGAGGGCGGUGGGACUCCCAUUGCUGGUUCGGUUGAAGCAGUGAAAAAGCUCAAGGCAUCUGAUCUACAGCUGCGCUUCUGCACCAACGAGACCCAGGCCACCAGGGAGAAGUUUGUGGCCAAGCUCCAGCGAAUGGGCUUUGACAUCUGCGUGUCUGAGGUGUUCUCUCCAGCCCCGGCAGCAGUAGCCAUCCUCAAGGAGAGAGGCUUGCGGCCUCACCUGCUGGUCUAUGAUGGCGUUGUCCCCGAGUUUGACAGCGUUGACAAAACCAACCCAAACUGUGUUGUCAUCGGAGACGCAGCCGAUAAGUUCUCCUACCAGAACCUGAAUGAGGCCUUCAGGGUCCUCAUAGGCCUGGAAAAGCCAGUGUUGUUCUCUCUGGGCAAAGGGAGGUACUAUAAGGAGACAGAUGGUUUGAAACUGGAUGUAGGGGUUUACAUGAAGGCUUUGGAGUACGCCUGUGAUGUAGAGGCUGAGGUGAUAGGAAAGCCCUCUUCAGUGUUUUUCCAGAGUGUCCUCAAUGACAUGGGGAUUCAGCCACAAGAGGCGCUGAUGAUCGGAGAUGAUCUGGUGAAUGAUGUGGGAGGGGCUCAACACUGUAAAAUGAAAGGUGUACAAGUGAGGACGGGCAAAUACAGGCCCAGCGAUGAGAGGCACCCAACGGUGACUGCUGACGGCACCGUAGACAACCUGGCCCAGGCUGUGGACAUGAUCCUCAGUCGGAGGGGAUGCUAAGAAAAGGCAGUGGACUUAGGAGCAACACUGAAGCGCCCCGUCAUGAAUACUCACUUUGACAUCAGGAGGCCUGCUAGGACCCAGUGGUGUGUAGGCUUGGGUCCAAUAGUUUCUGCAAAUAGAUCUUAGUGUUAAGUACCAAAUGGCUGCAGUGCAUUGCAUGGCAAACUCCACCCAUCUGGUAUGCCAAACAGAUUAAAGCUGCACUAUAAAAUUGCCAGUAGAUAAUUGGCAUAGAUGAAAUACCUCAUGUUUACAUGGACGUGCCUGUAAGGAGUUGACUGUCUUUCAAAAGGGCAAAGUAAUAACAAGGUGCGUUUGAAGUCCCUCCUUAAUUAUCAGUCAGCUUUGGGUUGAACUGUUAAUAUGAAGACAUUCAUGUGUCUUUGAAGUCAAACUACAAAUGCACAUAGAACUAGAAUGCAGCUGCAGUGAUUUUUUUUUUUUUUUUUUUUAACAUACUGUAUGUUGUAAGGAACCAGUUUCAUACACCAUGUAUUGUCCCUCACUUCUGCACACAAGUCAUGCAUGACGUUAAGAAAUGUGGAGUCAUUACUGUCAGUGUUUGAUUUUGUGCAUCAUGAAGAGUAUUGACAGCAAAGACAACAAUGAACAAUUUUAAUAUGCCACGAAUUGUUAAAAACAUGUGUCUCCUCGAUUUGUUUUGCAGCCAUUGUCACACCAUGUUUUUAAAAGGGUUCAAGGUCGUCUCAGACUGCUGAGGAGAAUAUAGCCUUGGCCCUGGUUUUUACUUGAAUUCAUAUCAGAGCGGCUUUUGUUUUACAAAAACAAAUCACUGGGAAUGGGAAGUGAGUGGAGCUGAGAGAUGAUAAACGCAGAGCCCAGCAGAGUGUGGUGAUUUAUGCCGGUCCUUGAGCUCACGUUUCCCUCUCUGAAAACAAGACGAAACGAGCUCUCAUCAGUCUGUUGCAUCACAAAUCCACAGCUGCUUCCCUUUAUCUAUUCCACUGUAAUCUUCAUCUUGAGAUGAUCAUAUAACUGUUAUGUUUUUAGUUGUUACUUUAAUUGUUCCUAAUUACAGGGAAGUGUUAUGCAUUCACAGUAUCUCCGGUGAAGUUAAAUAAAAUAAUGAGGGAAAGAGAAUUGGUUGAACGGGCUGCAGUCCAUGCCGGUUGGAUUGUUUAGGUCUGGAACUGGGGCAGAAAACAAAUGACUCUCCAUCAUUGCCCCCAAGGUUUCAGUGUACCAAAUAAAUUCAUCAA